UGCCUUGGAGAUUCUCAGUGCUGCAGAUCAUGUCCUUAAGGGGCAGUCUCUCGCGUCUCCUCCAGAUGCGAGUGCAUUCCAUCCUGAAGAAAUCCAUCCACUCCGUGGCUGUCAUAGGAGCCCCAUUCUCACAAGGGCAGAAAAGAAAAGGAGUGGAGCAUGGUCCCACUGCCAUAAGAGAAGCUGGCCUGAUGAAAAGGCUCUCCAGUUUGGGCUGCCACCUAAAAGACUUUGGAGAUUUGAGUUUUACUGCAGUUCCCAAAGAUGAUCUCUACAACAACGUAAUAGUGAAUCCAUGCUCAGUGGGUCUUGCCAACCAGGAACUGGCUGAGGUGGUUAGUAGAGCUGUGUCAGAUGGCUACAGCUGUGUCACAUUGGGAGGAGACCACAGCCUGGCAAUCGGUACCAUUAGUGGUCAUGCCCGACACUGCCCAGACUUUUGCAUUAUCUGGGUUGAUGCCCAUGCUGACAUCAACACACCCCUUACCACUUCAUCAGGAAAUCUCCAUGGACAGCCAGUUUCAUUUCUCCUCAGAGAACUACAGGACAAGAUACCACAACUCCCAGGAUUUUCUUGGAUCAAACCUUGUAUCUCUUCCCCAAGUAUUGUGUAUAUUGGUCUAAGAGACGUGGAUCCUCCUGAACAUUUUAUUUUAAAGAACUAUGAUAUCCAGUAAUUUUCCAUGAGAGAUAUUGAUCAACUCAGUAUCCAGAAGGUCAUGGAAAAAACAUUUGAUCUGCUGAUUGGCAAGAGACAAAGACCAAUCCAUCUGAGUUUUGAUAUUGAUGCAUUUGACCCUACAUUGGCUCCAGCCCCAGGAACUCUUGUGGUAGGAGGACUAACCUAUCGAGAAGGCAUGUAUAUUGCUGAGGAAAUACACAAUACAGGGUUGUUGUCGGCACUGGAUCUUGUUGAAGUCAAUCCUCAGUUAGCCACCUCAGAGAAAGAGGCAAAGACUACAGCUAACCUGGCAGUGGAUGUGAUUGCUUCAAGUUUUGGUCAGACAAGGGAAGGAGGGCACAUUGUCUAUGACCAUACUCCCAGUUCACCAGAUGAAUCGGAAAAUCAAGCACGUGUGAGAAUUUAGGAGACACUGUGCACUGACAUAUUUCACAAUGGGCAUUCCAGAAUUAUGAGGCAUUUGAGGGGACAGAUACUAAAUGGUUGUCUGGUCAAUACUGCCUUAAUGAGAAUAUCUGCAUAUUCUCACAACUGUAAAGUUUCCCCUCUAUUUUGGUGACCAAUACUACUAUAAAUAUAUUUGUUUUUUUUUGUAGUUCACAGGGUAUUAAUAUGCUACAGUACUAUGUAAAUUUAAAGAAGUCAUAAACAGCAUUUAUUACCU